AUGCAGAACAUCCUUGAUCAAAACUUAGACAUGGCUACAGCUCUACUUGCCGGCGAGAAGCUGAAGGAGCUGAUCCUGCCGGGCUCCUCUCAGGAUGAGAGAGGCGGGGCACUGGCCAGCCUGUUGGUACAACUUAAGCUGGAGCUGCCCUUUGAUCGUGUCGUUACUAUAGGGACGGUCAUCAUCCCCAUCCUGCUGGUCACUCUCGUCUUCACAAGGAACUUUGCAGAGGAGUCCAUAUAUUGUUACACACCACACAACUUCACCAGAGACCAGGCACUGUAUGCAAGAGGCUACUGCUGGACAGACCUGCGUGAUGCUGUACCUGGUGUGGAAUCUCACCUCUGGCCUUCACUAUUUGAACACAAGUUCCUGCCCUACGCUCUGCUGGCCUUCGCUGGAAUAAUGUACAUUCCUGCUUUGGCCUGGGAGUUCCUUGCCUCCACGCGGCUCACUUCAGAGCUCAAUUUCCUGCUUCAAGAGAUUGAUAACUGCUAUCAUCGAGCUGCUGAGGGCCGAGCCCCAAAGAUCGAGAAGCAGAUCCAAUCCAAAGGACCUGGCAUAACUGAGCGAGAGAGGAGGGAGAUUAUAGAGAAUGCAGAGAAGGAGAAGAGCCCUGAGCAAAACCUGUUUGAGAAGUAUUUGGAGAGACGAGGCCAAAGUAACUUUCUAGCGAAGCUUUACCUGGGACGCCAUCUGGCUAUUAUCUGCCUCAGUUCCAUCCCCAUUUCCUACCUUAGCGCCUACUAUGCCCGUCAAAGGCAGAAUGAAUUUACCUGUGCGCUAGGUGAGCCACCAGACAUUAGCAGCUAUUCAGAGCUGAAGAUCAGGGUCAACUGUAAGCUGCCUGCUGUGCAGCUCCAACGCAUCAUGGCAGCAGUAGACAUUUCUCUACUAUGCACCAUGAACCUCAUCAUCCUGAUUAAUUUGCUGCAUUUGUUUGUGGUGCGAAAGUCCAACUUUGUAUUUGACAAACUGCAUAAAGUUGGUAUCAAGACACGACGACGCUGGCAGAAGUCUCAGUUCUGCGAUAUCAACAUCCUGGCCAUGUUCUGUAAUGAGAAUAGGGACCACAUCAAGUCGCUUAACCGACUGGACUUCAUCACCAAUGAGAGUGACCUCAUGUAUGACAAUGUGGUCAGGCAGCUGUUGGCUGCGCUUGCACAGUCCAAUCAUGAUGCUACACCCACUGUGAGGGAUUCUGGGAUACAAACAAUAGAUCCUAACAUGGAUCCUUCUGAUCUCUCAGUGGGAGAUAUUACCACUGAGCCUCUGGUCAUCAAACGGCCCCGUAAGAAGAUUAAAUGGAUCCCGAGCUCAAAUCCUCUUCCUCAGUCAUUCAAGGAACCCCUUACCACGACGCGUUUAGAAAACAACACAAAGCCUGAAAAACCCAAACCUCUCAGACGAAAGACAGUAGCAGACGGCUUCAUUGCACCACUUGUGGAUAGCAAGGGGACACAACAUCCUCUAACAAAAGAUUUAAGUGGGAUGGAGAAAAAGCACACUCGCAACUUCUCUCUGGACGUCCACCCGUAUAUGCUGACCAUUCGUAAGCCCAAGGUGGAGGCCAUAAUCACAGAACCCCUACCCACAGAGCACAACUUGGAUACAGUAUAUCUUGAAGGCACACACACUAUUGUUCAUGUGUCUGGUGCCAUUACAGAGACUAAGGUUUGCUCUCCACAAUCAACGAACACUGCCUUUUCUACAGUGACCCUGCCCACCACUACAUACAUAAAUGGUGUUAGCCCCAACCCGCCAUCCAGUGAGGAUCCCCUCAGUCCUAAGUCCUCUCCUCCUCCAAGGGAUGCUCUCACCCAGGCGGAAAACCCUGAGGCUCAACCACCCCCUCUGGCCAGAGCCCCAACACACCAGCUGCUGAGCAUUCAUCACACUCUCUUUGAGGAAGAAGAGGAUGAAGAACAACGUAGAGGCAGACUGGCAGAGAGACCUGGAGAGCUCAUCGCCGCUGGGGAAUGUUGA